UGUGUGUCUCUCUCAGCAGACAGUCGGAGCUAAAUGCACUAAUUAUGUCAGCUGUGUUGAAAACGAGCCUCCAGCCAGUGAGCUUAACUGCGUUCAGCUUCUGUUAGUUUGUGUUUUUGCUCCUCUAGUUCUGGAAUAUAUUGUUUGAUUAGACUGAAUUUACUUUAAAAAGGGGAGUGGAUAUGUUGGUCAACAUUUCCAAGACUCGCAUUUUGGUCAUCGUUGUGUUUCUUCUCAUCCUUUCACGGGCCAUCUAUACCUACCUUGAAAAUACCACUGUACCAUUAAUUUUCUGCCAGCCGUAUCACGAAAACUCUGAGCCAGUUGUGGAUGAAGUAGAAAAGCGUGUAGAGACGAAACAUUGUCCACACAUGGGAGUUGGAAACCUGAAAAUGAAAGCUGGACUGUCUUAUCCUCAGCCAAGCACAAUGAUAGGACGCACUGAUGUGAACUCUGUGACAAACUGGAAUGCUCCUCUGGUUUGGGAGGGAACCUUUGAUCCAGUGGUGAUUGAUGACAUUUAUAGGAGGAUGAACCCAAGAGUUGCUGUGGUGGUUCUUGCUGUUGGCAAAUACACUCGUUUCCUGAAGGGUUUCCUUGAAUCGGGUGAAAAGUACUUUCUUGUUGGUUUAAGGGUCACGUACUAUAUCUUCACAGACAAUGAACAGGAUGUUCCCAACGUUACACUGAGUGAAGGCCGGAAGAUUACAAUUCUCCCCGUCCCUAGUGCCAAACGCUGGCAGGACGUAGUACUCAGCAAGAUGAAAUGGGCAACCGUCACGAUUGACAAACAAAUCCGUAAUGAGGCCGAUUAUCUUUUCAUGAUGGACAUCGACAGCGUCUUCUACAACCGUUUUGGAGCAGAGAGUCUCAGUCGGAUGUCUGCUGUCCUUCACCGUGCCUUCUACAAGACUCACCAGAGGGAUCAGUUUCCAUAUGAGCGUCGUCCUGAGUCCAAAGCCUAUAUUCCUGCUGGUGAAGGAGACUACUACUACACUGCAGCUGUGUGGGGUGGAUACCUGGAGGACAUGUACAGGCUCGUCAAAUACUGUUAUGAGCAGUCGGAGGAAGAUGCAAAGAACAACAUUGAAGCAGUGUGGCAGGAAGAGAGUCACCUGAACAAGUACUUUCUGUACAACAAACCAGCUAAGGUGCUGUCUCCAGAAUACCUGUGGUCAGACUAUGAGACACCUGGUUCAGACAUUAAGCUCAUCAGGAUCUCUCAGUUGGUGAAGGACUAUGCUGAAGUGCGACCCAAUGGUGGACAAUGAUGUUACAUCAGUGAUAUUAAAGAAGUAAAACCAUUUUAGUAAUAAUAAAAAUUAGACUAUAUGUACGGAUUGCUUUCUAGAUUGGGUAUUUUUCAUACUGAAAGGUAUAAAACUGUUCUCUGCAGACAUUUAUGAUUAACUUUGUAGCCAGCAUUCACUAAAAACUAAAAAUCUUAAUUUCAAAAUAGACUACAUGUGCUUGUUUUAAAGCAUGACCAUAUAAAAAUGAGUAGUUCUGUUUGGAUGGAAGAUGCCAGCCUCAGACCUCAUUGGGUUAAUGAUUUAAUAGGGGUAAACUGAUUUGCAUGCAUUGGUAGAAAUCAUGUAUUAAAUAGUGAAAUGUAAUCACUGUCUGACUUGAUUCUGUUGUAAGCAAUUAUUGUACUGCACCAGCAUUACAAUGCUCAGGACAGAGGAGGAAAUGUUGUGUUCUUUUUGUUGUUGUUUUGUUUUUCUUCAACUCUGCCAAAUUUGCUCUGUGUUUAUACAGAGAUCUGUAUACUUUUUACAACCUGUUACUUGUUUUUUUCUCUUUUUUUUCUGAAAAGUAUAAAACCGAGGGUUUGGGUUUGGAUGGUAAA